AAUACACGCGUCUGUAAAACCCCGCCACAUCCUCGCUUUCUUUCCCGCCAUCGCCAAUUCGCUGCACAGAUAUAAUCGGACCCAACAGAAGAACUACAAACUGUUAAUCAAUUGUUAAGCCGAUGGAUGAAGAGAACAAGCUGCCUGAACUCAAGCUAGAUGCAAAGCAGGCUCAAGGGUUUCUCUCUUUCUUUAAAACCCUACCUGAUGACCCCAGGGCAGUUCGAGUGUUUGAUAGGCGGGAAUAUUACACUUCUCAUGGUGAAAAUGCAACCUUCAUUGCAAAAACAUAUUACCACACCACUACUGCCUUGCGGCAAUUGGGUAGUGGACCUAAUGCCCUUUCCAGUGUCAGCAUUAGUAAGAACAUGUUUGAAACUAUUGCCCGAGAUCUUCUGUUAGAGAGAACAGACCAUACGCUUGAACUCUAUGAGGGUAGUGGAUCCAAUUGGAGAUUGGUGAAAAGUGGGACCCCUGGAAAUCUUGGAAGUUUUGAAGAGGUUCUGUUUGCUAACAAUGAAAUGCAGGAUACCCCUGUGGUUGUUGCACUCAUUCCAAACUUCCGUGAUAAUGGCUGCACUAUUGGGCUAAGUUAUGUUGAUUUAACAAAAAGAAUUCUUGGAUUGGCUGAAUUUCUUGAUGAUAGUCACUUUACAAAUGUUGAGUCAGCUUUGGUUGCUCUCGGUUGCAAGGAAUGCCUUUUGCCUAUUGAGAGCGGUAAAUCCACUGAAUGUAGACCUUUGCAUGAUGCUCUGGCUAGAUGUGGUGUGAUGUUAACCGAGAGAAAGAAGAACGAGUUCAAAACAAGGGAUUUGGUGCAGGACCUCAGUAGGCUUGUCAAAGGUUCCAUUGAACCAGUUAGAGAUUGGGUUUCUGGUUUUGAAUUCGCAGCUGGUGCUUUGGGGGCUUUACUGUCUUAUGCAGAAUUACUUGCAGAUGAGAGCAAUUAUGGGAAUUACACAAUCAGAAAGUAUAAUCUUGAUAGCUACAUGAGACUGGAUUCUGCUGCCAUGAGGGCUCUUAAUGUUCUUGAGAGCAAAACUGAUGCAAACAAAAAUUUUAGUUUAUUUGGUCUUAUGAAUAGAACCUGUACAGCUGGAAUGGGAAAAAGAUUGCUUCAUAUGUGGCUAAAACAACCCUUAUUAGAUGUUAAUGAAAUCAACUGUAGACUGGACUUGGUACAAGCUUUUGUAGAGGACACUGCACUACGCCAAGAUCUGAGGCAGCACCUAAAAAGAAUCUCAGAUAUUGAGCGACUAGUGCACAAUCUUGAGAAGAAAAGGGCUGGUUUGCAUCAUAUUGUGAAACUUUAUCAGUCAAGUAUAAGACUUCCAUACAUUAGAAGUGCUCUAGAGCGGCAUGAUGGACAAUUUUCAUCCUUGAUCAAAAAGAGAUACUUGGACCCUCUCGAGUCAUUGACUGACAAUGAUCACUUGAAUAAGUUCAUUGCUCUCGUAGAAACUUCUGUUGACCUUGAUCAACUUGAGAAUGGGGAGUACAUGAUUUCGCCAAGCUAUGACCCUGCACUGUCUGCACUUAAAGAUGAGCAGGAGUCAUUGGAGCGCCAAAUACACAAUUUGCAUAAGCAAACUGCUUGUGAUCUUGAUCUUCCUCAAGAUAAAGGAUUAAAGUUAGAUAAAGGAACACAAUUUGGACAUGUCUUCAGAAUUACAAAGAAAGAAGAGCCAAAAAUAAGGAAAAAGCUGACAACCCAAUUUAUUGUCCUUGAAACCCGAAAAGAUGGAGUGAAAUUUACUAAUACAAAACUUAAGAAAUUGGGGGAUCAGUACCAAAAGUUAGUAGAGGAGUACAAGAACUGUCAAAAAGAGCUGGUCGGUCGAGUAAUUCAAACUGCAGCAAGUUUCUCUGAGGUGUUUGAGUCUUUAGCUGGUUUGCUCGCAGAGUUGGAUGUCUUACUCAGUUUUGCUGAUUUGGCUUCUAGCUGUCCAACUCCCUACACGAGACCAGACAUCACUCCAUCAGAUGUGGGAGAUAUUAUAUUAGAAGGGAGUAGACAUCCUUGUGUGGAAGCUCAAGACUGGGUGAAUUUUAUUCCAAAUGAUUGUAAACUUGUCAGGGGAAAGAGUUGGUUCCAAAUAAUUACAGGGCCUAACAUGGGUGGAAAGUCGACAUUUAUUCGGCAAGUAGGUGUAAAUAUUCUUAUGGCACAAGUUGGUUCCUUUGUUCCUUGUGACAAGGCUAGCAUUUCACUUCGCGAUUGCAUUUUUGCUCGUGUGGGUGCUGGCGACUGCCAAUUACGUGGAGUUUCUACCUUUAUGCAAGAAAUGCUUGAAACUGCUUCAAUACUCAAAGGAGCUACAGAUAAGUCAUUGAUAAUCAUUGAUGAGUUGGGUCGUGGCACUUCAACAUAUGAUGGAUUUGGUUUGGCCUGGGCCAUAUGCGAACACCUUGUUGAAGUGAUUAAAGCACCUACCUUAUUUGCAACACACUUUCAUGAACUAACUGCACUGGCUGAUGAAAAAGUUGAGACCCAUAUGAAGCAAAUUAUUGGCGUGGCAAACUAUCAUGUCAGUGCACACAUUGACUCGGUGAAUCGCAAGUUGACCAUGUUAUACAAGGUCGAACCAGGUGCUUGUGAUCAAAGUUUUGGUAUUCAUGUUGCAGAAUUUGCAAACUUUCCUGAAAGUGUUGUUGCCCUUGCUCGAGAAAAGGCAGCUGAGUUGGAAGAUUUCUCAGCUAAUUCUAUUGUUUCAAAUGUUACUACAGAAGAGGUGGGAUCCAAACGUAAGAGAGAGUUUGAUCCUGAUGAUAUGUCUAUAGGUGCCGCUCGGGCUCACCAGUUUCUGAAAGAGUUCUCUGAUUUGCCGUUGGAGACUAUGGAUUUGAAGGAGGCUCUGCAACAAGUAAGCAAGCUUAAGGAUGAAUUAAAGAAGGAUGCAGCAAAUUGCCACUGGCUCCAGCAAUUUUUAUAGUUGUCCUUGUAAACAUGGGUAGCAAUAUUUGCAUGUUGGAAUGUUGUGUAAGGCCUUUAAAAGAGUCAAGAGAGUGAAGUGCUACUCUUGCCUUCAACUUUGCCUGCAUGAAAAAAUUUCAAAUGCAAAAACCUAUGCUAUUGCAGGUCACAGCUUUAGCUUGCUCAGGUAUCCUUAAGAGUUCUCUUGUAAUUUUGUUUACUAUUUCCCUCUUAGGGAAGCCCAUUUGUAUGUAUCUAUAAGUUUGUUAUUUUUAUCAUUUAGGGUUUACUUUCUGUUGACGUCA